AGAUAUUCACUGAUUAAUUUGACAGAAACCAUCUCAAAUUCAAACUCUGAAAGAAGAAAAGAAAAGAGCAAACUACAAUGGCUUGCAAAUACCAUGUAAGAUCAAUUAGCUUGCCUUCAAGAUCACAUCCUAGCACCCUUAGAAUUGAAGUUGAGCUGAACAGGCUCAAAACUAGGGAAGCAUCAUUUUUGUCAACAUCUGAGUUGAUUAGUGGCGGUCUUUCAGGACUGGAGAACUUGCAUCAAUGCAUGGAUGAUCUUCUCAGCAUGGCUUCAACACAACAAGUCCUCUCCCAGAAUCAACAUGAGAAAUGUAUUGAUGAAUUGUUGGAUGGAUCUGUGAGGAUUUUAGAUAUUUGUGGUAUUGCAAGGGAUUACAUGUUUCAAAUUGAGGAACAUGUUCAUGCCCUUCAAUCUGCUCUCCGAAGGAGGAAGGGUGAUUCAAGCAUUGAGAAGGACAUUCUUAAUUGCUUUCGCUUCAGGAAAGAGAUGAAGAAGCAGGGAAAGAAAUUGAUCACAGAAUUGAGGCAAAUGGACAACAAACUUGGAGCAUCACCACUCCCGGAUCUGGAUCAUCAUUUCUCAGCUGUGAUUCGGGUGCUAAGAGAAGUUACUGUAAUGAAUACUUCAAUCUUCCAAUCCCUUUUCUCAUUCUUGUCAGCACCAGUUCCCUCAAACCGAAAAAGAUGGUCUCUGGUCUCAAAAUUGAUGCACAAGGGGGUAAUAUCAUGUGAAGAGAAGCAAGAGAAUGUAAAUGAAAUCGAAAGCGUCGAUGCUGCACUUUGCAAACACACUUUCGAUGUUGAGAAGAUGAAAAUUGCACAUAAAACAUUGGUGGCUUUGGAGAGUAGCAUUGAAGGCCUAGAGAACCGUCUGGAAUGCGUGUUUAGGCACUUGAUCAAAACAAGAGCGUCUCUCUUGAACAUAAUAUCUCAAUAG